UCAUUUUCUAAUCCCCAUCCUCUCCUCCACAUAACGAUGCCGUAUUGCGACGUCGGAACGCUGCCAUCCUCCCCCGUCGCCGACUCGCAGCUCAACAAUGACAUCAAAAUAUUCUACAGAACUUACGGUGGCGGUCCGACCAAAGUGCUCCUCAUCAUAGGGUUGGCUGCGACGCACGACGCGUGGGGCCCACAGAUCAAAGCCCUGACAGGAACCACCGUCCCGAACGACGACGACGACGUCGUUUGGAACGGAGAAGAAGGCAAUGGCGGCAUCCAUGUAUGCGCGUUUGACAAUCGCGGGGUUGGUCGCAGCUCCGUGCCUGUGGAAAAAUCUGAAUACUCAACCAAGAUCAUGGCGAAGGAUACAAUUGCUUUGUUAGAUCAUCUGGGUUGGAAAAAAGCCCAUAUUUUUGGGCACUCCAUGGGAGCUAUGAUAGCUAAUAAAGUAGCAGCAAUGUUUCCUGAUAGAGUACUUUCCUUGGCGUUGCUCAAUGUGACAGGAGGAGGUUUUCAAUGCUUUCCAAAGUUGGACCGACAAACGUUCUCUGUUGCUUAUCGUUUCGUGAAAGCUAAGACUCCUGAACAAAGGGCUGCUGUUGACUUGGACACCCAUUAUUCACAAGAGUAUCUUGAGGAAUAUGUUGGAACAGAUAAGAGGAGAGCCAUCUUAUAUCAGCAAUAUGUUAAAGGUAUAUCUGCAACUGGGAUGCAAUCUAACUAUGGUUUUGAUGGUCAACUCAAUGCAUGUUGGACACAUAAAAUGACUGAUGAUGAGAUUGAGGUGAUCAAAUCUGCCGGUUUUCUUGUUUCAAUCAUCCAUGGCAGGCAUGACAUAAUUGCUCAGAUAUAUUAUGCAAAAAGACUUGCUCAGAGGCUUUAUCCAGUGGCUAGAAUGGUAGAUCUUCAUGGAGGUCAUCUAGUAAGUCAUGAGCGGCCUGAAGAGGUUAAUCAAGCACUAUUUGACUUAAUCAAAGCAUCAGAAGUGAAUAUGAACCCACAUGAUUGGACUAAUUUGCCAAAGAAACAGUCUUGGUGGAAAGAGAAAAGGGUGUUGAUUAUAACAAACAAUCAGGCUGGAAGGAAUGACUCCCUUAAAUGCCACGUGUUAGAAAAACUGCAUAUCUUCCUAUUGUACUUCUUUGGUCUCCUUAUGUUAGCAUUUGAAUAUGGAAGAAAGCUUCUAAGAAGAUUAAAACCAGUUCGAGUUGGAGGUUCCACCUUAUAUACUGAAAGUCAAUGACUCUUGUUAUUGGGUGUGAUUUGUAUAAUUUGAUAUAUCCUGAAGCCAGAGAGAUCACAGCAAACUGAGUCUCAUGCUUUCAGCAAACUGAAUUUCAAAGAGCCAGAAAGCACAAACGAGAAUCAUGGAAUUCUGCAAUUUGAGGCAUGGCACUAAAAUAUCCCUUUAUUAGCAAGAUGAAUUCCAUGUGCUUCCCAGAGCUAAUAAAGGGGAUGGACAUCCACUUUCCUUUUUGUACACUCUAGUGUAAUAUAAUUGAUCGAAUCUAACCCCGCAAAUUCUGCUCCGUAUCAGUUUUUGCUUAAUAUAUUAAAAUAAAACCUAUAGAAACCAAA